AUGCUCAUUCUCGCCUUUUUCGUCGUGUUGGCACUGUGCCAAGAGCCUGAGAAGCCGGAAAAACGGCCUGCGUUGCUGUCUCGUUACGGACGUGCCGUUCUUCCACGUUAUGGUAAACGGUCUGGCGGUGGAAUGAUGAGCAAUAUGGAGUCGGGUGGUGGCUCAGAAGAAACCUCCGAAGUCGUCUGCCAACUCAUCGAUGGAAAGUACAUCUGUCUUCCGGUCGACGCGGUUCGCUUCCGCGCCUUCUUCUAA